AUGUUCAUAUCACGACCGUCCAUUCGAGCCCUCGCGGCAACAAGUCUUCUGGCAAGUCACUGUUCUGCUGAAUGCUGGCGAAACUCGACUUGCGACGGACCAAGUUCUGCGUCGUUCCCAGGAGCUUGGGACAAAUACAACUAUGCACCUACAUCUCGAAACAUUGCACCAAAGUACAUCUUAUCAUCACUAUCUGGAGCGAACAUCUCCGACUUUAAAGCACCGGUCAAUCUAUCCAGCCAGAUCGACGGCCUGGUCUUUGACUUUGGCGUCGAAGUGGGUGGCAUCGUGACCAUCGACUACAAGCUCUCCGAGUCCCCCAACGCCACUCUCGGCCUCGCUUUCACAGAGGCGAAAGACUACAUUGGCCGCAAGUCAGACAACUCGAAUGGAGGCACCGGACAAGACGGCGCUCUCGCGUACAACAUAACCUCGAGCGCUGCAGGAACCUACGUCAUGCCCGACUCGAAGCUGCGCGGCGGCUUCCGCUACCUGACUCUAUUCCUCACGCCUGCCGACUCAUCGUCAACCGUCUCGCUGGAGAUCCGCAAUAUCAGUCUGGAGAUCAGCUUCCAGCCGACGUGGUCCGAUCUCAGGGCUUAUCAGGGAUACUUCCACUCCAGCGACGAGCUCCUUAACAAGAUUUGGUACAGCGGGGCGUAUACCAUCCAGACGAACUCCGUGCCGGGCAGGACUGGUCGCGUGUCUGGUACGAGUGGACGCACGAGCUGGCAGAAUGACGCUUACAUUGGGCCUGGGGAGACUGUCCUGCUGGAUGGAGCGAAGCGUGAUCGCUGGGUCUGGAUUGGGGAUAUGGGCACUGCGGUGCCUUCUGCGUUUGUGAGUACCGGCGACAUGGAGAGCACGAAGAAUGCGCUCUUGGCGAUCUACAACUACCAGUCUGCCGACGGUACUUUGCCAAAAGCCGGUCCACCGUAUCUCUCGAGCGACACCUACCAUCUGUGGACACUGGUCGGCACUUACAACUACUUCUUGUACACCGGCGACACGGAUUUCAUGACUUCCAUCUGGCCCAAGUACCUCAAAGCGAUCAACCUCAGUAGAAGCAAAGUCACAUCCAAGGGUAUUAUGAACGUAACUGGCGCUGCGGACUGGGGUCGAUGGACAUACUCCACUGAGCGCAGCUCAGCGAGCAUGCUAUUAUAUCGAGCCCUGCGCACCGGUGCCGACAUCGCCUCCUGGUCUCCCACCCUCACGAACGCGAGCAGCUACCAGAAAGAAUGGACCAGCGCCGCGAGCAAGCUACAAACGUCCAUCAUGACUGAAAUAUGGGAUGACAGCAAGGGGGCAUUCAAAGAAAGUCCCAACAACACGUCGCUGUACCCUCAAGACGCGAAUAGCAUGACAGUCGCCUUUGGCGUCGUCUCCGCAGACAGCGCCGAAGCGCAAAGGGUGUCCGACUACCUCGAAUCAAACUGGACCCCGAUCGGCCCUCAUUGCCCCGAACUCAAGAAUAACGUGUCGCCAUUCAUCUCCAGCAUCGAGAUCGCCUCGCACUUCCGGACGGGACGCCCCGAUCGGGCCUUGCAGCUUAUCCGAGACGCGUGGGGCUGGUACCUGAACAACCCUAAUGGCACGCAGUCUACCGUCGUAGAGGGUUAUCUCAUCGAUGGAACCUGGGGCUAUCGAGGAGAUCGGGGUUACCGGAAUGAUCCGUCCUACAUCUCGCAUGCUCAUGGGUGGAGCAGCGGUCCAACUUCAACUAUGACGGAGUAUCUUGUCGGGCUGAGGGUCAUCAAGCCCGGCGGAAGCGAGUGGCAGCUCAAGCCUGUGUUGAGUGAGCUCUUAGAGGCUGAGGCUGGGUUUACGACGAGUUUGGGCAAGUUUUCUGCAAAGUUCACGGUUGGAGAUGAUGGAACGGCUGUCGUUGAAUGGGACACACCGGCGUCGACUCGGGGAUAUUUGGUGCUUCCGGGACAGAAAUCCGUCUGGGUCAAUGGCGGAAAAGGCAAUACAACGGUCAAUAUUUAG